CCCUCCUCAAAUCCCACCACUCCCUCACCUCACUUCCAUUCCCCCAUCGCAACCCUCCAUACUUCCAACCACCACAAUCAACACAGCGCACAUUUCAAUGACCCACAAAAGACAGGUGCACCCACUAUCCUCGCACUAAACUCACAUACACAUCCCCCUCCCACCACCUUCAUCUUCACAACAUCAAUCCAAAGUUCAACAAGCAAAACAAAAAAAAGGAAUUUCUAUAUAGAUAAAAUGUAUGUAAUCAGAACCAUACAUAUACCUCUGCCAUGA